AUGGCCGAUGUCGAAACAGCCCAGUUGUCCUCCACGAACCCAGCAGAUCUGGCUAUCGACGAUGGGGAGGAAGCAGAUUCCAAGGAAAUUAUGCUUAUGAAACAACGGGUGGAGGAGAUGGAGAUGGAGGCCAAGAAACUUAGAGAGCUCCAAGCUGCAGCAGAGCAGGCGAACAGCAUGGAAGGGGAAGACGGGUCGGCAAUGGAGACAGAGGAGGAAAAAGCGGCGGCUGAUGGGAGAAGUAUCUAUGUUGGAAAUGUCGACUACAGCGCGACGCCAGAAGAAAUUCAAGGGCACUUCCAAGCGUGCGGCACCAUCAAUCGAGUGACUAUCCUAUGCGAUAAGUUCACCGGCCACCCAAAAGGAUAUGCGUACGUAGAAUUCGCAGAACCCGAACACAUUGACGCAGCACUGGCUAUGGAUAACUCCUUAUUCCGAGGGAGAUUAAUCAAGGUCACACCGAAGCGAACUAAUAUACCGGGCUUCAAUCGAGGCCGUGGCCGUGGCGGAUAUCGCGGUGGGUACCGCGGAGGCUAUCGAGGGCACGGAGGCUUCAGUCCAUACGCGAGGGGUCGUGGCAGGUAUGCAAAUCAAUUCUUGGCCCUACCAUCUGGCAAACUGACAAACAAACCCUGCUAUUAG